GUUGGUGGAUUAAGCGGGGUUAGAGAGGAUUAGUGUCAGGUUUGGUUUGGUCGUAAACUCGCAUCCGUCAGUCACUUCUGGUGGCUGCUGACAUGCUAACACCGUUGAUUCACUUCGGCUAAGAGAUCAAACACAAAAAGCAUCACUGCGAAGGAAACUGGACCACAGGAAGAGGAGAGGAACAAUCCUUUCCAUCCUCCUCAGUGGUUUUGGAUAAUCAACCAUGAGAAAGAAAAUGGAAGUUGAUGUUAGUGAGGUGCUGUCCAGCGUGGUGGAGGACGUGGCUGAAGCUGUGAGCAGAAACAUUAGUGGAGCUGAGCUCCUGCAGGAGCUCCUGAACGCCUCGUGGCUGCGCGCCCUGCUGAAGAUUUAUGAGUGCCUGCUGCAGUUCCAGAGGCAAUCCCCGAGCCCCGUUUUGCCUUACGCCUCAGGACUCUCGUGCGAGAUUAUGACGACAAUCCAAAGGGACAACCAUCCAUCGGCUGAAGCUAGAGAGCUUUUUAACCUGCUCAGUUCCCCACACAUCCAGGCCCUGUUAUCGUCCCAUGACAGUGUGGCUCAGUCUGACUAUCUACCUGUGUUACCACCCCUGCCUGAUGACCUACCUGACGAUGAGGAGGCCAUGAGAAUUGUUUGUCUUGUAAAGAACAACCAGCCACUGGGGGCAACAAUAAGGAGGGACGAGGAGACGGGGGAUAUCUUCAUCGCCCGCGUCAUUCAUGGCGGGCUUGCGGACCGCAGUGGGCUCCUCCAUCCCGGUGAUCUCUUAGUGGAGGUGAACGGAAGCCCAGUGGUGGGCCUGGAACCAGAACGGGUCAUCCAGAUCCUGACCAAUUCCACAGGCACAAUCCUGUUUAAAGUCAUUCCACAUCCUGCACAGGUCAACAGCGACCAAAAGCCGGUGUACAUGAGGGCGAUGGUGGACUACUGCCCCCAGCAGGACUCCUCCAUCCCCUGUCCCGACGCAGGAAUGACGUUCAGCCGGGGAGACCUGCUGGAGGUGGUGGACCAGUCGGACAGUCAGUGGUGGCAGGCCCGGAAGCUGCCCAGAGGAGGGGCCUGCGCGGGCCUCAUCCCCUCCGCCAGCAUGCUGAAGAGCAAGCAGAGGGAGAACUGGUGGUGCCAGCCCUUGCAGGUUCACACCUGCAUCAGACCCCUGUCCGUGGCUGAAAACGAAGACGACCCGACGAAUGCUGACGGAAAACACGUCAUAACAGAUAUGGAAAAUAUCAAAGAAUUAAACUUUGAUGAGGCCGAUUCGGAUGUAACUGAUGGGAUCUACCUGGCUGGGUUCCGCCGGAGCUUCCGGCUCUGGAGGAGGACGUCCUACAGGAAGAGACGGCAGUCCUGCACCUCCUGCUCCCCCAACAUCAACGCCCUGUCCACGCCCUACGAGGAGGUGGCCCUGUACCAGCGGCCCCCCCAGGAGAACCACCGCCUCAUCAUCAUCAUCGGAGCUUCAGGAGUUGGAGUCAAUGAGCUGAGGAAGAGACUCAUCAAGCUGAACCCGUCCACCUUCCAGGGACCGGUCCCCCACACCACUCGCCCAAUAAGAGACGGGGAGCAGAACGGCAGAGAGUACCACUUUGUGACCAAAGAGCUGUUUGAGUACAUGGUCUGCAACCACAGGUUUGUGGAGUACGGGGAGAAUAAGGGUCAGCUCUAUGGGACCAGCAUCGACGCCAUCGACGAGGUGCUGAAACGCGGGCGGAUGUGCAUCAUCGACGUUGAGCCGCAUUGCAUCCAGCUGUUAAGGACAAGAAAACUGAAGCCCUUUGUGAUCUUCAUCAAACCCCCGAACCCAGAGAGGUUGAGACAAACCCGGAGAAGCGCCUCAAUUAUCACCAACUACGCCAUCAACAGAGCUCUCACGGAGGACGAUUAUUUGGAGCUGGAGGAUGCUUCCCAGAUGAUGGAGGCUAAGUACAAGCAGUUUUUCGACAGCGUUCUGGUGAACGACGACCUCCAGGAUACCUGCAUCCAGCUGUGCUCCGUCCUCCAGCAGGCCCAGAACGAGGCCCAGUGGGUCCCCGUCAGCUGGCUCAGACCCGAGGGGGGAGGGGAAGUGAGAAGGGUCAGUUUGGGGCACUUUGUAUCAUAUCAGAGAGACGGCGGGCAAAGUCCGGGGAGUGUGGGCAAAUAAGUGUUGACAGCAGUGGAUGUACAUAUUUGACUUUCCUUUUACUUUUUUUCUUUUUUUUUUUUACUAAUUCGGCUAGAUUGUAAACACUAAAUAUGAUUAAGGGUUUAUUCUAUUUUGUCUGAUUCUUUUGUACAAUAUGAAAACAUCAGUUUUUCAAACCCAAAAAGGUAAAAGGAGGAGAAACUGAAUAACAACUACCUACUUCCUGUAACAACGUCAAUGAAAUGUCAAUCUCUCCAUGCAGUCUGCAAUUAGAGGUGGCUACAUGAAGCAGUAUGCAAAUAAAUGA